AUGAGCUACGAGGAUUUCACUACGAGCCUUCAUGAGAACGAAUGUCGAUAUGCGAUUUAUGACUUUGAUUUUGUCACUGAGGAGAACUGCCAGAAGAACAAGUUCUUCUUCAUUGCUUGGUCUCCAGACAUUGCGAGGGUGAGAAGUAAGAUGCUCUAUGCAAGCUCUAACGACAAGUUCAAGAGGGAGUUGGAUGGUAUUCAGGUGGAGCUGCAAGUCACCGAUCCUACGGAGAUGGGCCUUGAUGUUAUUCGAGGUCAUGCCAAUUGA